GCAUGAAACAGGAGUACGGAACAGAGGAGAAAGAGGGGAGCAGGGUGGAGGGUUGAGAAAAACAGCGCAACGCACUAGAGAUUCACUCGCACUCUCAGUCUUUCAAUCCCACCACGCCAGCAUUCAGACUCUCCGUUCACCACACGACAGACCUGUCCUGUGCCCUACGCAGAACCUCUCUCUCUCUCUCUCUCUCUCUCUCUCUCUCUCUCUCUCUCUCUCUCUCUCUCUCUCUCUCUCUCUCUCNCACACACACACACACACACACACACACACACACAAAAGACAACCGCACCCCAAGACGAGACACUCCGUGCCUCACACCCUGGCUUUGCCUGUUCUCAUUCCUUCCCAGUUGCUUCGUUAAGUUUCUGUGAGUAAUACUCUGUUCCUGCGAGAAACUCCGCUCAGUGCCCCUACAAUGGCCACCAGGACUCCGUGCUCUUAGCAGCUACGGCGAUCACUCGCGUUCUCCACUGGUCCCCGAACACGAUUAUUGACAAAGCUGGGGGUGGCGUUGUGCAGCGGCCCUAACCAAAGUCGUCCUCGCCGCAACGCUUCCGCUUAACCCGUUGCUCCGCGACGCAGGUGUGAGUGGCUCACCCUACUACGCAAUUCCACUCGAACUCGGCUCUAAGCAAACGGUGCGCUUUUGCGACCACUCUCUAAUGGUUCGCGAAUGACAGAGCGCAGCUCGAGUACAAUCUUGCUACAUUUGUCCCUUGCCAUAGGCCUAUUCCCUCUCGUAACCGUGACAAAUCAGCAGAUUAGCACGCGGGGAGACGAACACCUCCCGCCCUACAAAGCACCACGGAAGUAAACACGCACUCCUCUUGCGGGAAAUGAAUGUGGCGAUUGAGGCGCACCGGACACACGGCCGACCACAAACAAGCACAAAACAGACUCAUCCACACUUUCGUCCGCUCCUUCGUCCGCGUGCUCGCCUCGUCUGCCCUCCUCGCACGCUACAACAAAACACGCCUGUCAGAACUCACUGCGAUGCACUGCUAUCCUAUGCACGACGCGGCUGAGCUGGAGAUGAUACGAUGCGUGAGCGAGAGGGCGAGCGCGAGCCGCAAGUGAGAGAAGGAUGAGGCGCAUGGAGACUCUACACACAAGGAAGAAGCCGCUACGAAAGCCACAUGCCAAACCGCAGGCACGACAUUCCCCACCUUUACAGUACAGUGAGCGUUUGCGGGCGUAUGACUGGGGCGACGGAAGCGCAAGGGAGGAGGGUCUACGAUACUGCUGCUGCGUUUCUGAUUCUCCAGCGAUCCCCGCCCGACUGCAUUUCUGACUCCAUCGGAGGUGGUUUGGGAGGAAGACAGUCGAUCAUAUGCUACACCUGUGGAAAGCCGGGCCAUUACUCGAGGGACUGUUGGACAAAAAGAGGAAAGAGCGACGAUAGUGAGCUCGAUGGAAUGCGACAGUACUACAGACAAGUACUACAGGAAAGGCGGGAGGCGGAGGAACGAAGAAGGGAGGAGGAACAUCGGAGGAUACAAGAAGAAAACGAGAGAAGGCGUGAGCAAGACCUGAUGUGUAGGACCGAGGAGAUGCGCUUACAACUGGAGGCCGGACUGGAGGAGAAAUGGCGAAACCAAACGAGAAAAGCAGAAGAAGCCGCGGCGGCAGCAAAGGUGAGAGCGGAGGAGGCAAAGGCAAGGGCCGAUGAGGCAAGAGCGAGGGUCGACGGAACUAAGAAGCGGAGCGUGAGUAAGACCGAUACACUAGCGAGGUCGUCAAGAAAGAGGACGCGCCUUCGGUUUUCAUCCUCGUCGGAGUCGGAAGGAGAGACCACAGAAUCCUCGGAGAGUGAUAGAUCCGACUCUGAGGAAGAGCUACGGAGAGCCAUAAAAAGACUGAAGGAGAAGAAGAAAGCAAAGAAGACGAAGGAGAAGGCGAAGGGGAUGAAAGAGAAAGAGAGGGGGAAAGAGAAAGAGAAAAUACCGGUUAAGAAUGGCAAUCAUACUACGGAAAGGGGCGAGUCUUCGAGGCAAAGGGCGAGGUGUAACUACAGAAAAGAGGACGAUGCGCUGCGAAACGCGAAUGACAUAGGCGCUGGUUUUGAAGAGCGAAGUCCGCCAAGAACGGGAGGCUUGAGAUUUGGAGUUCCGUACAACAACAACGAACAGCAAGGUGAAGAGCCCAAGACUCCAAUGGAGAACGGACAUAAAGGUUUGGCCGCAAAAUGUUUCAGGGAAGGAAUUAUAGACUAUUGUUUGUCUACGCAGAAGAUACUAUCUUCAAAGAAGGUUUUUCUACUGAGGAAGAUUUGUCAGAAGAAGGGGAUCCGAUAUACAAAGAAGCCUGAAAUCAUCGACGUGUUGGCAAGGGAGCAGGUCAUGCUGGCGUACGAAGGCUUCGAAGAGAACGAGGGAACAGAAGAUGAUAGUGAACAGGCAACGGAUGGUGGGAGAAAUCAUCCACACUCACAAUACGCAAACGUGAAGGAACAGGCGUGCACAUGUCGAGGAUCGGGGCUACCUACGAUAGGAGGACACGUGAUGACCCGUGUCUCGGACCUGUCGGAUAUCCCGGAUUUUGUGAGGAAUGCCAAGAACGUGACGUGUAAUACGCAGGAGAAAUGUGAUGAGUACUGCACGCAGGCUAUUCUUGUGGCUACGAAUCAUCUGAAUAGCCGACCUGAAGAGGUGACUGUUCCUAUGGGUGGCUUUCUGAAUGGGAGUAAUGAGACAGGGGAGAAUGGAGCAUGGAGUGAGGCAGCAGUGGCAAGCUGGGCGAAGCGUUUUUCGGGUUUCGUUUUGGCCCCAAUCGACCGAAAUCAAGGGGAUACGGCUAUGCUCUGCCCGAUACUGUAUCGACACGCCUUCGGGAAGGUGUUUGCCUGGAAUGCGGACUAUGCCCGGGUGGAAGCAGGAGAAAAAGAGGUGCUGAUGGAGGCAAGGAGACAUUUCGAGGGGGAAGGCCUGCAGAGGGUGGCUGAGUGGAAAAAGGACGGGCGGAUAGGUCGGGCAUAUGUGAUCCCGAAGGAUAAAGAUUUGACGAGAUGGAGACCGAUCGCACCGGCAACCGGAGAUCCCGCUGGGCAAGCUAAAAAAAGAUUAGCCAGGGCACUACAUUAUUUGAUGAAGAUGUUUCCUGCUAAACAAUCAUUCUACCUGAAUUCAAUUCAAGAGCUACCGGCGCGAUUGCAGGCAACUACGAAGAGAUUGACGGAAGCACAAUGUACAAGGGCGGAGGGGAGAUGUUACGAUAUUAAAGAUAUGUUUACUCGGAUUCCGCAUGCAGCAGUGCGGAAGGCAGUAUGGCAGCUUCUAGUUUGGUAUGCAAACAGGGAAUGGAAACAAGUGAAGGUUUCCAGGAGAGGGAAGAUGUGCGUUUUGAGUAAAACGUGUAAAAAGACUGACGGAUAUGCGGGAAUUAACUUCAAGCUCAUGUUGGGCAUGGUGAAUUUUGACCUGAAGCAUGCCUACAUCACGUGUGGGGAGGAGAUCAGGAGACAGGUGGCAGGGAUCCCAAUGGGAAAAUCUACAAGCCCAGUUCAGGCCACCAUUACAUGUGCGAUGGCCGAGUUCAAUUUUCUGUCGGGAUUGGGCAGUGAUCGGAGACUGAUUGGGGGGUGGAGGAUAGUUGAUGACAUUACCGUUAUUGUGGGAAGACGACCCGAGGGAGGCGAGGUGGAUAAAGAACAGGGGGACCGACUGUUCCAGGCGCUGGAGUCGAGCUAUGACAACAAUCUGCAUCUGAUAAAAAAGGACGAGUCCAAGGAUUAGUGGCAUUUCCUUGGAGGAACAAUGUACGUGUUGGAGAAUCCUCUAAGACUG